AUGCCCCUUCCACCAGACCACCUUCCACCAUGCCCCUUCUACCAGACCAUCUUCCACCAGACCACCUUCUACCAGACCAUCUUCCACCAGACCACCUUCCACCAUGCCCCUUCUACCAGACCAUCUUCCACCAUGCCCCUUCCACCAGACCACCUUCCACCAUGCCCCUUCCACCAGACCACCUUCCACCAUGCCCCUUCUACCAGACCAUCUUCCACCAGACCACCUUCCACCAUGCCCCUUCCACCAUGCCCCCUUCCACCAGACCACCUUCCACCAUGCCCCUUCCACCAGACCAUCUUCCACCAGACCACCUUCUACCAGACCAUCUUUCACCAGACCACCUUCCACCAUGCCCCUUCCACCAGACCACCUUCCACCAUGCCGCCUUCCACCAGACCACCUUCCACCAUGCCCCUUCCACCAGACCACCUUCCACCAGACUACCUUCCACCAGACCACCUUCUACCAGACCCCCUUCUACCAGACCACCUUCCACCAGACCACCUUCUACCAUGCCCCUUCCACCAGACCACCUUCCACCAGACCACCUUCCACCAGACCACCUUCUACCAGACCACCUUCCACCAUGCCCCUUCCACCAGACCACCUUCUACCAUGCCCCUUCCAACAGACCACCUUCCACCAUGCCCCUUCCACCAGACCACCUUCUACCAGACCACCUUCCACCAGACCACCUUCUACCAGACCACCUUCCACCAGACCACCUUCUACCAUGCCCCUUCCACCAGACCACCUUCCACCAGACCACCUUCUACCAGUCUGCCCCCCCCCCCCCCCUGGUCUGGUCCUCUGCCUGAGCUUUAUAGUCUCGGAUGA